AUGCACGUAACGAGUGUGUGGUACAUGAAGACGUACAUUACUACGUGGACGUCGACAAAAGUAUCUACUGCACUAUCGCGGCAACAUCGCCGCAAGCCGAGAUGUCUCAUGCGGUUUGCGAUCGCAACUUCCAUAGAAAGCAUGAGUUUGAUGUCGGAUACGUUGCUGUCGCUCUGA